CUCUAUUUUAUGUAUUUGUAUCAGAUAGUAAAUGGCUGUGAUGCAUGUUUCGACGAUUUCACAGUGGAUCGUUCGUGUUAAAGCGACAUAACAGAAGACUUGACGUAAUGUUUCUAUAUAAUUGGGGAUAUAUGUAAAAACGUCCCGCUUGUGUUGGUUUUGCCAGAAAUUAGACUUUGCGACGCCAAUCUCUGCAAAGAUCAUAUUCUCACGGAUAAUGGCUGAACCAAGAAUAACUUCACUUGAUGGGAAAUUGGCUGAAGAAUUUGCUAUUCCCUCCCAUGUCGACGAGGUCAAAGAGCAGAUGUCUGAUUUUGCAGGGCAUCAUGUCAGAGCAGGUCGCAGGGUGGUUCUUAUCACAUCAGGAGGCACCAAAGUCCCCCUGGAGUCCCGCACGGUUAGAUUCCUGGACAACUUCAGCAGCGGCCGACGAGGAGCCUCCUCAGCGGAGUAUUUCAUAGACUCGGGCUAUGCUGUCAUUUUCCUGCACAGGCAUCGCUCUCUGUUCCCCUACGCUCGUACGUUUUCAACCAUAAACAUGCUUGAUGCUCUUCAGUUCAGAAGUGGACAAGGCGGCUCUGGGAGCGCUGAAGUAGUGGUUAAUCAGCAGGUGUUGCCAAAUGUUCCCAAAGUGCUGAAGCGAUACCAGGAAGUAAAGGAGCAGAGACUUCUGCUGCCUAUUGAGUUUAACACUCUGUCAGAGUACCUGCAUCUACUCAAAGCAGCAGCUCAGGCCCUCAACACAAUAGGAUCCAAAGCCAUGUUUUACUUGGCUGCAGCCGUGUCUGAUUUUUAUAUUCCAGCAUCUGAGAUGCCUGAACACAAAAUCCAAUCUUCCAAUGGGCCUUUACAACUCAGCUUGAACAUGGUGCCUAAGAUACUGUCCCCACUGGUGAAGGACUGGGCACCUCAGGCAUUUGUUGUAUCGUUCAAGCUAGAAACAGAUGCCACCAUCCUGCUGGGCAAAGCUCGACGGGCUCUGGACACCUACAGGCAUCAGGUAGUGGUAGCCAACAUACUGGACUCUCGUCGGGGUUACGUAGUGGUGGUGACCCCUGACACUCAGGCUGAGCUGAUCUUGACAGAAGAGGAUGUGAAGAAUGACAUAGAGAUAGAAGAGAGAAUAGUGAGCAACCUCACAUCAGCACACAAUAAAUUCAUAAAUCAACAAGUGGGUUGACCGUCAUCAUGUAAUGCACAUUUGAGUCAGUGGCACUUCUUUAAAUUAUGUCUGUGCUCUUACCUGAUUGUGAACUUCACAGUUUCCUGUUCCAAUAAUAAAUUAGGAGAGGUAGAUGCAAUCAGUUUGUUGUAGCAUAAUUCGUUAUAAUUGUAAAUAUAAACAAACCAUGUAUAUCUUUAAAUAUGUGUGUUUAUUCCCAUUGUACAGUAAAACUCAACUCAAUGUUGAUGUCUGUAACUGAUUUACAGCUUAAUAAUUCAUUCUUCAACACAAAAGUCUUCAAUAAUAAACAUUUGCAAGAACAGUA